AUGGAAGACUCUAAUAAUAAUUCCCCAAGUAAACUCUCUGAAGUUGACGAGGAUGAGGACCAAGAAACCCCCAGAGAGGAAGAUGAGAAUAACUCACUUUAUAUGUCUCAGAUAUAGUACAAGGAACUAAAAAAUCGAAGUUCAUAGGUCGGAAAUGUCGAUACUAUUAGAUGGCUAAGGAGUAGACACAAAAAGACAACAAUGAAGCCUUAUCUUAUGACUAGCACUGAGAAUAAGCACAUUCAAUAGAUCAAGACAGUCUUUCAAAACUUUGACUUUGAUGGCUCAAAAACUCUUGAUGCUGAGGAAGUCUUUCAAAUGCUAGAGCAAAAUAACAUUGACAUACCUAUCCCCACACUAAAGAGCUUGUUUUCUAUAGUCAAGCCCAGAAAUCCCUCUGAGCUUAGAAUGGGGGAGUUCAUUCGAUUCUCAUUCGAUGAAACUGCAAAUAAAAAAUUCAGAAAAUUGAUUCAGAAAAUCAGGAGUAAUCUCAGAGAAGAAUCGUUAACAAAGCAGAACUUUUUCUUGCCAUUCGCCUUCCCUACUCUUCUAAACUUUUUGAGUGCUAAAGCCACUAGGAAUAAUUUACUCAAGCAAAUUAAGAAAAAUGCUCUUAAAGUGGACUUAGUAUUUGAGGAUAUCAAAAUGUUCGAAGAGGUGCUGACUCUAAGUCAGAAAUCAGAAAAGACCGAAAAUCAAGAAACCUACAUCUACAGGCAAAUUAAACUAGAGAAAGAGCUGGAAAAAUUAAGAAAAAAGAUUAAUAAAGAUUUAACUAAAGAAGAACUCCGAAGGCUGUUACCAUUUGAGGCGUUUCUAAGUAAGGCUUUGAUAGAUGAGGAGAGUGAAGAAGAUGAUUCAUCUAUGUAUAUGGCUUGCAACCCAAAGAUUAAGUUUGAUAAGGAUGACAUCCCAGACGAGAAUGAGAUGGACUAAUUUCUAGCGAAAAGGUAGAGAAUAAACUUACCAUUAAUAAGAAUAAAUGAUCAAUCCCCAACCUAAAAUGUAUCUCAUGAUAACAUUACGAUUAAAAAUUAAAGUCCAGACAAAAACGAUUUCGGCUUCACUAUAAAUACAUUAUCAAUUACGCAAUAGCCACCUGCUAUUUAAACUGAUAGAGAAAAUAGUGCAAGGAAGAGAGAGUAGUUUAUCAAAGACUUGCCUAAACUUCAAGUACCACUAAAUGAUUCAAAGAGUACUAACUCAAAUUAAUUAACCCCAGUCAGCGUAAGAAAUCUUAAUCUGAGUCCACAGCCCAGAACUGAUUAGGCUCAUAUGCUUCAAAUAAAUUAGCUAAAAACAGGAUAGACUCCAUUAUUGAAUUUAAAGAAAUUACCUUUGGGUCUGAGCCAAGCUUAUAUUAAAGAAGCUUAAUAAAUAGAUGAACUAAUCUCGCACAAUUCAUUCAGAGUAAUGUCGGACAAAGAAAAAGUCUCAUUGACUCAUAGGACUAUUAUACCUGAAAGUCUUCUCAAAGAUUCCUACCAGACAAAAGAAAAAAUAAAAUUUGAAGAGGACUUGCAAAGAAAAAUAGAGUAUGCUUAAGCAGAGACAUUGGAUAAAGUUGGGAAAAUAAUUAAAGAUGCUUAAGUAAAAGCUGAGAAAGAUAGACCAAGGAUAAUUGGCUAGUAUUUAAAGGAAAAUUAAAGAAUGAAUAACAGAUAGAGCCGGAUAAAUUUUGGAAAUUCAAGCAAUUAAUUAGAGAGCGUUAAAGGCUCACCUAGUAUAAACUACUACAAAUAUUACAAGUAGAAUGAAAGUAAUUAGAAUGAGUAAAAUGUUUCCAAUUAAAUAGAAAGAGCGUCAAGUGGACUAGUUUAAGUUAGAGAUGAUGCGAUCUAAACGAACACUAUAAGAGCUUUGAGUAGUCAGUUGCUUAAAAGAUCUGCCUUCUCAUCAUAAACUAGACUCAGAACUUUAUCUAGUCAUUCAAAUCUUUUCUCUAUACCACAUAAGAAUGAAAAUGUUAAUAGGAGAUAAAAUUUUUCAACCAAGAAUUUUCAAAUAAAAACUUCUCCAUAGACUCCUAGUGUAGAGAUAGCGUAGUAAUAUAGAGACCUUACAACAGCUGCUUCCUCAGCAAAUAUAUUGGCUGGUGAAAGGCCAGUAAUGAAUCAAAAGGAAAUGAAUCUAGCCUUGAAAAAAUUCUCUACUAAUGAGUUCUAGCAUUUCUCAAUUAUGCUUAAAGUGAACUCUCCUAAGAGUAGGCAAGGUAUCACACCUAGAGAAAAAUAAGAGGUAAUAAAGGAGUCAAUAACUAACGUUGUUGGAAACGCAGUGGCUAAUUCCAGAAUAAAGUACUACGAGCCAGAUUUGAAAAGUUAAAAAUGGCAUGUUAGCUAGCCAUUUAUAUCUAGAGUGAAGAAUAACUUGUAAACAAUAAGUACUCAUGCCAAUUAAGCAAAUAUAGCAAUGAAAAGGAGAGAAAAAAUUACACCUUUUAGCUUUAAUAUGUCGUAGCAGGAUAAAUUCUAAACUUUUGGAGUAAAAUCUACGGCUGAUUUAAAGCGAUCUAAUGACUCAUAGCCUAAGAAAAGUAGAGUUGCAAUUCUAUAAAAGAGAUUAAACCCUUCUUCAUAACUCUAAUAAAGUUCCAUCUGCUCAGUUCAUCAGUAAGUUUAUCGCAAAAUAUGUACAAAAGACCAGUAGUUCUUGUGCCAAAUGUGUGAGAAUGACCACAAAGAGCACAUUGUCAAGUCUCUGGCCUUUGUUGCUGAAGAAGUUUCUGAGUCUCUUAGAGUAAUUAUGGUCCCUAAUGAAAAGAUGAUUGAAAACUUUCAAAACAUAAUCAAAGAUUCCCAAGAUAAGUUCAAAAAGAGUAAUGUUAGAAACUUUUUGCAGAUUAUCACGAACAUGAUUAGGAACAUAGUUAAGCAGUUUGAGAAGAGCUAGGUAUUAGAUGACUGUGCAAGUCUAGCAGAAGGCUACAAAACUAAAGUUGAAAAGAUCAAUAAUUUAAGGAAGAAAAUCAAGUAAGGUGACAAAUAAUGCAUUGAAGUCUUAAAUUAGAAAUAAGAGAUUGAAGAAACAAUAGCUGAAAUUAAUCGGGAUUAGAAAUUAGCUGAAAUAGCAAUGAAGGAAUUGAGAGGAGUUAAUUCAGAGGAUUUGAAUGUCUAAAUAGGAGAUUAAAAGCAGUAGGAUUCAUUGAGAGAACAACUUAUGUUUUCAUUUUUGGAAUUAAUUAAAGAGAAGAAUAUACCAUUAGCCUCUUUACUUAUUCCAACUGGCUUAUCAAUGAUCCUCAACACCUAGUUACAAUAAAAUCAAAGUGACCAGGCUGAGAGGUUAACAAACUUAUUCAGCCCAAAAUAGCAGAGUGGUUUAUUCUAAUUCGGAUCUGGAUUGGAAGGCAAUUUUAAUCAUGAUCAAUUAGUUAGUCCACGUUAGAUCAACUUUAUUGAAAAAGAAAAUUACGAUUAAAGAAACACAAUGCUGCAAGCUAAAAUUCAAGAUAAAUUUGAGGUAAUUGAAUAAUCAAUUCAAAAAGUACACAAUGAUUUCAUGAAUAUGGUGAUGGAUUUCAACCAAGAUUAUUAUGUAUCAUGCGCCUCAGAUUUCACUGUCAAAGUAUGGUCUAAACAAAGCUUCAGCUAGGUUGAGUCAUUUUCAAUGAAAGAAGAAGUAGUCUGCAUGGGCAAAGCUGCUGAUGAUUAACUUAUCUGUGGAAUGAUAAAUGGUGUGAUAGGAAUAAUAGAUAUAGCAGCAUUGAGAAUUCUUAGGAUCUUAGAUAAAGCUCAUUCUGGAACUGUAAUAUCUUGCUUGGCAUUAAACAAACUCGAUCUAUAAUAUGUAGUAACCUAAGAUGAUGCAAGAGAGAUCAAGGUUUGGAAGUUGAAUGAUUUUAGUGUACCUUUGAUAAAGAUUAUUGGUAGAUCCUAUAAUCCAGUGUGGUACGUGUAAACCCUUAUCCAAAUUGAUCUAGAGUUAAUAAAAGACCCUGUCAUUAUUUCAGCUUGUGGUAAUGAGCCGAAAGUUGUGCUGUAUAGAAUAGACCUUGGAAGGAAAGAAUUAGAAUAAAUAUCUUCAUGCUAGCUGAAAGGAAUUCCAACUGCUCUUGUUCAAUUAACAUCUUAAUUUUGCGCUGUUUCAUCAACAUCUGAGAUUGAAUUUAUCGAUGUAAAAACAAGUCAGGUAGUAAAUAUAAUUCAGACUUAAGCAGCUAAGUAAGGAGAAAAUAGUCUUCCUCCCUUAUAUUAAAGCCAGAGUAAUGUCAUGACUAUGUCAGUAUUACCAGUAAUAGAUGAUCCCCUAAAGAAAUAUUUGGCUUUCUCAGGCUAGAAUAAAACAAUCACAAUCUAUAAAAUCGAUACUAUUCAGAGAUGCUAAUCAAAUCUAAUAUUUUCUAUACAGACCUCUCAUUUAAAUACUAUAAACAAUCUGAGCUUUGUCAAAUCCUUUGAUCAAUAUACUAGCUAUAUAGUCACAGCCUCAAUUGAUAAGUAAAAGGGCAUCUACAAGGUAUUACUCCCUCGACCUGUCCUUUAGGAUCACUCUUCUCUUAACACAAGCUAGUCGUCGCCUCUUAAGGGCAAGUCAAUGAGUCGAAUGGGUUCAUAAGCAUAAUUUGGAGCUGGAAUAAAGGCUAAUGCAGAGAAUUAAAGUGAGAAGUUCAAGUUUUUAAACGAUUAUUUAGGCUAGAAAUCUCAGGGCAAAGACAAGAAUACUGCAAGCUGCUGUGCUAUUUUCUGA